UGCGCGGGCCCAGUGUCGUUCCGAGUGGCGAAGGGAGCCGAGAGUCUAUGCUGGUUCCCCGCUUGCUGUGUGUGUGAGAGAUAGAACGGGACUGCGAGAUUACAGAGAGGACGCCCCUUCUUUUUUGCUCGGAGGCGCGAGAUUAUCGAGUUGCUUGUGAAUGACGGGCGUCUACGGAGCCGUGGCGAGAAGCAGGGGCGUGUUUGUGGCUAUGAGUGUUCCUGAGAGCAACUUAAAGGGCGAGCGGCGAGGCCACGAGGAGUGCGGGCCCGCGGCUGCCUCACUGGACGGGCCCGGCGUGUGAAUGGCGAGCCUGCACCAGUGAAAGUCGUAUGUCAGCUCCCCACCUAGAAAGUGGCUGGACGUGUUCCUGGUCCCCCCGGGGAGAGCGCACGCGGCCGCACCUGUCGUCUUGUGCGUACGCUACACCUGCAGCCCCGGUCGUCACGUGCCAUCUGUCCGGACGGGGUUGGUGUCACGCCUGAAUGGAAGAAGCAGGCGUUCGUGGCGUGCAGUUCGCGAUUUUCCAGCGUUAGUACGCGGAGUACGUGUAAUACACAGGUGCCCGUUCUCCUGCAUGUGUCCAACUACACGUGUUUCUCACCGUCUGCACGUAGCGAGCUACACGUGUUUGACUCCGCCUGCACGUACCGGUUGACUAAAGGAAAUCUACCCUUUUGGAAUGUUAUCAGGGAGAUUACUUCUGAUUAGUGUGGGAUACUGUUCGACGAUGUGUAUUUGACUGAUAACAUAGUUAUCUUAUCUUAUCAAAAGAAUUACAAUCAAUAACCGUGUUAGUGUGAGUGUGUUGUCAGCAAGAGCAGACGUGGCACUGCAGCUCCGUCUUUACUAGAGUGCAACGUAAAAUCGAGCCUCCAGUGUGCUUCAUCUCGGUGAUCAACAGCGUGGCACUUGAAAGUGUUGCACCAGGCACUGUCGAGAGUACCAAAAGAGUGCGGGGAAGUAGUUACUUGAUGUGGUUAUCUGCAGUGUAAGUCAAGACGGUGCCGCGUGUGUGUGUGGUGUUGGGAGAGCCUAAACGCCCCCCUUCGCUCGACGGUGCUGCCACAAGGGGCGGCCCAGCGGUCCUCGUCUUUACUCUGUGUCCCAACACCGCCUGUCACGGACCUCGGGAACUGUGACGGAGCACUCAUCUGGAGAAAUCACACUAGCAUCACAGUGCGCAGCUGGACCGCGUGAGACGUGGAUGUCUGUCCUGAGGACGUGGUUCUGCAGGGAUGUCUGUGAAAUAAAGUCUUGAAGGUGACGCGUAAUCCCUGUGGCACGGCGCUGCAGGGCUAUCGAGUGCGGAUUCGGUGAAGUGUCGCUAGGAAUAUGCAAGUGUCGACAGGAUACGCGCAGUGCUGAAUAUAUUCGCGAGUGUUUCGUGGAUUUCCUAGAGCGAGAGCGUGCGGGAGUGUUGCGGCGCUCUGCAGGAGUAGCGAGGACCUGCGGGAGUAUUGUGCCGCAGCCACGGGAGUCAGCCACUGUGACCACUGACCCAUAUUCUGGUGCCGUCUGCCGGUGCACCAAGUGGUACGUGUUCACGCUCGGCUGGAAUCACACGGCAUACACCCACGCAUUGCAAGUCCAGGCCUUCCGUCCUAUCCUGGCAACGCGACGGGCACGAAGGCCAGCCUGUGCCCGCUGAGUGCCAGCCGUGACCGCGCGGGCGCUCAUGGCAUGACGGGCGCCAGGCAACAAGUGGGUGGCGGGACCAGGACCCGCUCUGACCUGUGAUCCAUGAGUGAAUGACAUGCAUCCAGGCUUGCUAACUGACGCCCCCGCUAUGGCCACACAACUCCAGGCCGUCUACGACCCCCGCCCGCCCACGCCGCCCACAUCCCCGCCGCCGCUGGACGAUGGCCUCAUCGAGAGCGGCUUGGGGCUGCCGGCGGGCGUGUGCAAGGCAGCCGAGGUGAGCCGCAGGACCAUCUCGGAGGAGACGCGGCUCUCGCUCAGGGACAUACACUUUAUCGACAGCUCCUCGGGCUCCGAGGACGACGGGGGCGAGUGUGGGCGCCGUGAUCGCGGCGAGAGUGCGUGCGAGGGCGGCGAGGAGGCUGGCAGGGAAGACGCCGUAUUGAUCCGUGACGAGGUGUGCGCAGCGGAGGGGGACUCCGCCAGUGCUUCGGUGGGAGGUGACGAGCACACAGCAGCGCCGCGCCGCUCCCGCAGCCAUGACGGAGGCCGGCCAGCUGCGGUCAGUGCGCCACCCAGUGAGUGUGUAAUGCAACAUAAGUGCGGUGCGGCGCCGCCCCCGGACACAGGUGAGGGCGCCGCGCCUCAGGCCCUCAUGGCGGCAUCCGACGCUGCCCAUCAGCAGCCUGCAGGCUCGGGAAGUGCCAUGGUCACUACGAGCUCCAGCGGCGCCCCUCUGCGCUCGGCCCUUAAGCGGGCAGGCCAGAGGAGCAAGGGGCAUCGCGUCAGCAUAAAUGAGGCCAAAAAUGAGUGUUUGGAGGCCGACUAUGUGAUUCUGGUGCAUGAGGAAAAUGAACCUCAACUUGUGUCGAUUAGGUCGUUCGACCUGAGCCUCCUGCCGGGCUCGGGGGACGUGGAGCAGCUCACCCUCUCGCCGCCCGAAGGAUACAAGGACUGCUUCAGCCACGCCGUGCACGAGACCAUCGUCGACGACUCAGGUAUGUGGAGCAAGAUUCUCGCGGAACUGAGUGGCGUGGCUAUACAGGGCGACACAGAAGGGUACAGGGUGUGAGUAAGAGUGCUACACUACCAC